AUGUCGAGCGGCUCCGCGGCGAGCGGGUCUAUGCUUGGUUCCAUGCAGGAGCCUGAGCUGCCAGACGUGAUGGAGGCUCUCGAGUGCGCUGAAGAGCAAGCGCAGGUCGUGCCCGGGCGCCUCGGGAACAGGGUGCAGUUCGACAAGGCCUCAGCCGUCCUGAGCUGUGUGGAUGUAGCUGGUGCGCAUGGCUAUGUCAAGCAGGAGCUCCGCGACGACUUUGGCGAUAUUGCGAAGGCCGAGCCCUCCGUGGAGGAGCGGCAGCAGCUGGGACUUCAAGCCUCGGGGCCGAAGGGCGAUGACCUCACCGAGCAGGCGGCGGCGGCGAGGCUGGAGCUUGCUUCGUACAGCCAUGGCUUCUACAGCAAGAUCGUGAGCACGAUGGCGCAUACGUCAGUCGCACCGCCCGCCGUGCCCCAGACGCCUGAGGAGGACAUGGCCAUGCCAGUGAGCGCCGAGGGCACGGGUGAUGAGGCCGACGGCGACGGCGAUCAGGACCGCGACCCUGGAGCCGAACAGCCAGGAGAAGCAGAGCCAAAGCAAGAGCCAGCAGACAACGGCGACAACGUAUUGGCGUUCCAGAACACUAAAGGUAUCAACGACCUCUCCGUCGCGGAUCAGGGGGCCAUCAACGAGUAUGUGGAGAAGUUGGCCGAUGAGACUUUGCACGAUAAUUCCGCGCUUGGCACCAUGCGCGCCUUGCACAGGUGUCUCACCAGACACAGUCCGAAUGUUGUGGGCAAAGCUAAUUUCGACGUUCAAUUGGCUUUUCACCAGUUGGACAGUAGGUGUGAGAAAGGCCUGAUUGCCCUCUACAAGGCGGUCAAGAAUUGGCUGGAAAGUCAUGGAGAUGUCUUGUUGUACGAGACGCUGCGGCCAGUUGCGAGAUUACUCCCUUACCUGAUGAAGCAACAGGUCUGCAUUUCAGAGAAGAUCCGCAUCGCCCUGAUGUACGCCGUCUUCCAUGGGCCUGCGAAAGACUUGCAGUCGAUCCCUCGCGCCACCGAGACCUUCGACGAAACCAUCUUCGAACUCCAUUUGAAGAUCAGGGGCGCUGUUCCCCGCGUGGUGGAGGAGGCCACUGUUUCUGUCAAAACGGAGAAGAACGGCCCUGUCGAAGCAGAGAGCGAUCGCGCUACGCCACCGUUCAAAAGAUCCAAGACCAGGAGGACUAAGCGAGCAACAGACGACAUCCAUGUGCGAGCACCUGCCGGCCAGACACCAGUCUUUUACUUUUCGUACAUGCUCUCGAAGGCCGCGAAGCAGCGGGUGUCCUCCGUGCCCGAGAAGGCCGUCGCCAACGCCGUGCAAGCUUACGACCUCAUGGUGGGGCACGAGCUGAUCGGCAAGCAGUGGGCCUUGAAGGAGAAGCUGAUCGCGACUGAUAUGGAGGACGAUACGUUCUCAGAGGCAUCGAGGGGCAGCGUCGUGAUUGCAAAGUGCACCAACCACGUCGAGGGCGCCAGGCCGCCCACAAACGCCGUCAGACAGGCCAGGAGUAUCACCCACGACUUGCUCAAACAAGCUUCCUCUCCAGCAUCGGAACUCGCUCGCACUAUGCAGGCGCGUCCUUUGGGCAAGGCUUUCAUGGGGGCCAGCCGCGUGCGCGUUCAGCAGUCCAUCGGGGACGAUGCAGCGACUGGCCAAUUCGAUCGCGCAUCGAAGGCCUUCCAGGAGGAUUUCGCGGAGUCUUUCGAAGAUCUUGACGCGCGGGUUGCCCAGGUGCGAACAGAGUCACACCAGGUUGGCUAUGCCAAUCUCAAUGCACUUCUCAACCGCAUGGGCCUCGUCUUCACCAGUGCGCACGGCUCGACCAAGGCGUGGUCCACGGCGGCGUGCCAUGCGAACCUGAAGUUCAUUGCCGAGAACCUCAACAACUGCACGGUAUUGCUGGAGGUCGGGAAGUACAUGCUCGUUGACAUCUUCUCGGAGCUCAUCAUCGACAUGCUCCCUGGUUUCGGUGACGCACUCGUUAUUUUUUCCAUGGCCACUGUCGGCGAUGACGCGGCGACGGCCCCGGCAUUGGAGAUCAACAAGCUGAAGGCCGACAUCGAGGAGUUCACAAGCACAGCGAAGUUGAUGCGCUGCGCGAACAUGCUCCACAAGCGCGUGGGCGGCACGGUGUUUGAGCACAUUUGCGAAGACUUCUUCAACCCUGGUAGUUUCGAGAAGGGGCUCAUUCGUAUGACUAGCGUUCUGAAGAACAUGGCGGAGUCCCCAGAGUUUUGCGCGAAGCUGGUGGAGAUGAGAAAGAUCGCCGCCCCGACAAGGGAGACGCACGAGAAGUCCACGAAUGACAUCGCCCAGUUAGCAGGCAUGGUGAAUUUCAUGAAAGAGGAUGAUUUCGUGUUCGACGCCCCGAGCGCCGCGACUCGCAAGGAGAUCAUCGAGGGCGCCACUCGUGCCUUCAAGGCGUUCGUCGAGGGUCCAGGCCCCACGGGUUGA